AUGGCCCCGACGAAAGGCAAAAAAGAAAAGGUCUUCCAUCCAAACUCACGCAAGGCAGCCCAAGUCGAGCGUGCACAGCUCAGAAAAUCCAAAAUGUCUGACGCAGCAGUAAAAAAGAGUAAACGGGCUUCUUCUUCAAUUGAUAAAUACCUCUUCUUCUACCACGCCAUCCCACCCGAAUCCGAAAAAGCCACACUCACACUCGAGGAGUUACACGAUCUCAUACGAGACGUCUGGUUAUGUCGACACGACCUCGCUCUAGAAACAGAACGCAAAACACGUCGAAAAGGUCGACCGAAAAGCACUAAAGAAAUAGCUCUCGAAGCACUCAAGGAACGAGAAGUCGAUGAAUAUAGGACUGGUUUAGAAGUACCAGACCUAACACACCCAACGAACGUCGAGCUCUUCCGAUUAUGGGACGAGAUGGCAUUAGAAUACAUCGACCUGCUACGGUUCAUACGAAUAAACAGUCAAGACCCGUCCUCGGUCGUUGUUUCUCGACCUGGGAAACACGAAUCGCUAAAGGUCGCAGCAUCGAAUGAAAUGUCUGUUGAUACGUAGAAGUGUCAAUUGGUUUGAUUUUAAGUGUAUGAGAGUUGCACGUAUAGUGUAUACAUCCUUGUUUGUUGUAUUUGUAUUUUCUCUGAUUUGUAACAAUGUAGACUUGUAGUAUUGGCUACAUUAUCCACUUGCA